GCUCACCAGCAUCCAUCCGUGCACUGCCUUGUGUGGGGCGUGUUCUGCCUGCAGCGGGCGCUGGGGGCCGGUGGGGAAGGAUGUUCUCCUCGGUGAAGCCCUACGAGAACCAGCGCUACGCCUCCCUGAAGAAGGAAUGUCAGCGGAGGAAGCAGCUCUUCGAGGACCCGCUUUUCCCUGCCAAUGAUGAUUCACUGUUCUACAAGUCAAGGAUCCAGGGCAUCCAGUGGAAGCGACCCAAAGAAAUCUGCAAUGAUCCACACCUCUUUGUGGACGGGAUCAGCUCCCAUGACUUACACCAAGGGCAGGUUGGGAACUGCUGGUUCGUGGCUGCCUGCUCCUCCCUGGCAUCCCGGGAGUCGCUGUGGCAGAAGGUCAUCCCAGACUGGAAGGAGCAGGAAUGGAAUGCUGAGAAACCCGAGAACUAUGUGGGGAUCUUCCACUUCCAGUUCUGGCGUUUCGGUCAGUGGCUGGAUGUGGUGAUCGAUGACCGCCUGCCCACACUCCACAACCAGCUCAUCUACUGCCACUCCAACUCCAAGAACGAGUUCUGGUGUGCCUUGGUGGAGAAAGCUUAUGCCAAGUUGUCAGGCUGUUACGAGGCCCUGGAUGGAGGCAACACAGCUGAUGCCCUGGUGGACUUCACUGGUGGGGUGUCUGAACCUAUUGACCUGACCGAAGGGGACUACAUUGCUGAUGAAGCCAAGCGAAACCUCCUCUUUGAGCGCGUGUUGAAGGUGCACAACCGGGGAGGCCUCAUCAGCUGCUCCAUCAAAGCCACCUCAGCAGCAGACAUGGAGGCCCGCCUGGCCUGUGGACUGGUGAAGGGCCACGCGUACGCGGUGACGGACGUGCGGAAGGUGCGCCUGGGCCAUGGCCUCCUGUCCUUCUUCAAGUCAGAGAAGCUGGACAUGAUCCGCAUGCGCAACCCGUGGGGCGAGCGGGAGUGGAAUGGCCCUUGGAGUGACACCUCUGAGGAGUGGCAGAAAGUGAGUAAAAGUGAAAGAGAGAAGAUGGGGAUGACGGUGGAAGACGAUGGAGAGUUCUGGAUGACCUUUGAGGAUUUCUGCAAGUACUUCACGGACAUCAUCAAGUGCCGUCUCAUCAACACGUCCUACCUGAGCAUCCACAAGACCUGGGAGGAGGCAGUGCUCCACGGGGCAUGGACCAGAAACAGUGACCCCUUGAAGAACCGCUGUGGAGGCUGUAUCAACCACAAAGACACCUUUUUGCAGAACCCUCAGUACGUAUUUGAUGUGAAGAAGGCAGAAGAUGAAGUGCUGAUCUCCAUCCAGCAGAAGCCAAAAAGGACCAGUCGCAAAGAGGGCAAAGGAGAGAACUUGGCCAUAGGUUUUGACAUCCAUAAGGUGGAGCUGAACAGGAACUACCGGAUGCACACCCUGCAGCAGAAGGUGGCCAGCUCUAUUUACAUCAACUCCCGCAGUGUCUUCCUGCGGACAGACCUGAAGGAAGGUCGCUAUGUCAUCAUCCCCACCACUUUUGAUCCCGGUCAUGUAGGCGAGUUCCUUCUCAGGAUAUUCACAGAUGUGCCUUCAGACUGCAGAGAGCUGACACUGGAUGAGCCACCACAUACCUGCUGGAGUGGGAUGUGCGGUUACCCACAAGUGGUAUCCCAGAUCCAUGUCCUUGCUGCAGCCGGGCUCAAGAAUCAGGACUCCCAAGGAGGAGCUGACCCUUACGUGAUCAUAAAGUGUGAAGGGCAGAAAGUUCGCUCUCCCGUGAAGAAGAACACGGUGUCUCCAGAGUUUGACGUGAAAGGGCUCUUCUACCGCAAGAAGCCAGGACAACCCAUCAUUGUUCAGAUCUGGAACCACAACUUAAUAAGUGACGAGUUCUUGGGCCAAGUGGUGCUCACAGGGGACCCCAGUGACCGGCAAUCAGUGCACACACUGCACCUCCAGGACAAGGGGAACAAGAGAUCAAAUGAUCUUCCUGGAACCAUCGCUGUGAGGCUGCUCAGCAGUAACAUCCUCACCAACGUCUGAGUACUCAAGGACUCUUCUUCUGGUGCCACAUAUGUGUAUAUAACAUGCACACAUACAUAUAUAUAUAUAUACACACACAGAGCCUACCUACCAUCUGCAAAGUGCAUAUGAACCAUGCAUGCAUUCCACUCAAAGGAGCCAAUCUUGUGUUUUCAACGUUGACAAAUGGUGCCUUUUUGGGGAACCACAACGAUCCUUCUGCUGGCAUCCUCUCUCUUGCAGCCCCCAUCGCCUCCGUGUGUCCCAUGGGAUCGCUGUGUGUCCUGACGGCCAGAGCACAAUGCCCUGCUUGUUUACACAGGCUUCACGCACGUGCCACCGUGUACCAUGGGUCCCACCAACUUGCUUCAAUGCACCUUCGAUGUAUCUGCUUGAUUUAAGAGUUGUCAUCUGCCCUGAAACUGCCAUUUUAGUGCUUGUCUUCGGAGGCACAGCAGUGCACGAGAAGUGGGAAAAGAGAUUGGGACCUUUUGGAUGUUCUCUGGGUAUGGGUUUGCUUAGUGCAGCUGGAAGGAGAAUGCACCAAGGCAGUCCCGUAUCCCAAAUCCACAUGGCCAACAAGAGUAAAGGCUCCAUCAUUUUAGGGACAAGCUGUCUCCUCUUGAGUCUUGCCAAUUGUUCAACCCCGUGCAACUCUGAAGGAUACAAAGAUGCCAACAACCAUGAUGGGACAACUGGAAUUGUUCUGGUCUCAGCUCCUGUGUGUGCCUCUCGAACUGCCAUGGUGCCUGCUGUCUCCAUGUCUUCAUGCAGUCCCCAUCCCAAGAGCUCACUCCCAUAGCUGGGGUGGGUUGUGUGCUGGGGCCAUUCUGUGUUUAGAUAAGGGGAGAUCAAUUCCUCUGAAGGCCAAAGCAUCAGGUCCAAGGGAUGGGGAGCUUCACUCAGUGGGCUCCAUCUUCACCGCUGCAUCAUUUCUCAGUGCCUGGCUUUCCCAAAUUCCUCUGUAAAACAGUGGGAUUUUAGCUUGUGCUAAAGGAGCGCUGCUCCCAGUGCAGCCUGAAAACGCUGGGAAUGUUUCAUUCAUACCAGUGUCCAUCUCUCACCUUUCGUUUCCAGUCUCCUGGCCUGGAGGAUGAGUUACACAGUGCUAGAGCUGGUCUCACAAGCACAACCCAAACGCAUCCUCAGGGCCGUGGUCUGCUCCCGUUUGCCAUGAAGUUGAUCUUGAUUCCACUGGGUGGCAGAAUCCGGCUCCUUAUAAAGCAUCCCAGAUAAGCCCAACAGCAAAGCCUUGGCUGGCCUUGCAGCAGGUUUCAAAGCAGGUGCUUCUCAUGGUGUUUAGGUUGGGUUUGUUUCCUUCACGUGCCUUUAAAACGGGGCAAAUUAAGGGAUUUCCCAUUUUCUAUCAAGCACUCACUGCAUGCAAGUGGAAAUGAAUGCAUAUGCUGUAAUCCUGGUAGGAAAAGGACGAGUGAACAGCAAAGCCCUCUUUUGCCAUAGCAAGUAGGGUUUCUGCUUGUCCUGCUAAAUGCCCAUGUUUGUGCUGCAAGCUGGUACGGCUUCAUUGACUUGUACAGGCCCUUUCUUCAUCUUCAGAUUUUGCCUCCUAUAGUAAAGAAUUGGGGUUUUGACCAAAUUGCUUUUUUAGGUCUUGAUUCCCAGGCAAGCAGUGGCCCAAAGGAUGCACUUUCCAGGUCUCAGUUAUUACAGGCUUGCACUGAGCAUCCUUCAGCUCCUGGUGCUGGGACUUAGUUUAGUUCAGCAUCUUGCAGGAUUGGCUAAAACGGUCCUAGUUUAGUAAGUAACACUUUGACCCAAACAAAACUCAAAGCAAAUCCUUGAAAUUGGGCAAAUUCAUAGAAUUAGAGAAUCCUGGACUGGUUUGGGUUGGAAGGGACCUUAAAGCUCACCCAGUUCCAACCCCUGCCACGGGCAGGGACCCCUUCCACUAGAGCAGCUUGCUCCAAGCCCCUAUGUCCAACCUGGCCUUGAACACUGCCAGGGAUGUGGCAGCCACAGCUUCUCUGGGCACCCUGUGCCAGCGCCUCAGCACCCUCACAGGGAAGAGCUUCUGCCUUAUCUCCAACCUGAACUUCCCCUGUUUCAGUUUGAACCCAUCACCCCUUGUCCUGUCGCUACAUCCCUGAUGAAGAGUCCCUCUCCAGCAUCCUUGUAGGUACCCUUCAGGGAUAGAUAGCUCUUCUGGCAGGGGGAAUAGGUAAAGGAGAGCAUCACAGCACCAUCACAGGAGCUUUGCGCCAUCAGCAGCAGAUGGGGGAUAGCCAGCCUGCCUGCAUUAGCCUUGUUUCCUCAGGAAAUCAGGCUACUGAGAGCUUCAGUGGAGGAGACCCAUUUGGCAAGGAGUGCCCUGACAUGUGCCAAACCACACCGUGAUCCCUAAGGAACGGCACUGAAGCUUGCUGAGGAGUAGCGGUGCCUUGGUACCCAUGAGCAGCCUCCUUCCUUCCUCCAGAGAAUCAAGCCAUAAAGAGAGGAAAGGCAGCUUUUUAGCAGCUUCUUCUAAUGUAUAACAAUAAUCACACUAUAUCAGGACCAAAAUGUCUUAAUAUCAGUAAUGCUUGUUUUUCCCCACAAACUUUAGGACAGUUAGAGCAGGAGCCUUCAUGCCCUUACAUUCCAAUGGAAUAACAAAAACUACCUUUGUUGCUUUCUUCCUUUCCUUGUUUGUAGUGCAGAUGAGGGAGGGCAGUUACUGAAAUGCCAUUCCUAACACUGAUGCCUUUUCCCUUUGAAUGAAGUAAAGAGAUGUCUGAGAGGAGGGCAGGUCCAGGAAGCACUUCCCAGUCCCUCCCAGGUGCUGUGGGGCAUAUCCAUGAUUUCUUUCCCAUGUCUUUUGUUAAUCAUUUCAACGGUGGCAAGCAGCCUGCCUUUACACUCUGUGGAAUCCAUCUCUUUGGGGUGUCUGCACGUUAAAGCAGGCUGUGACUUGUCUUCAUCCCCAAAGGCACUGGGGUGUCGCGCUGCACAGGUUCAGAGCGUGGUCCAGCCAGGAAGCCAAGGUUGUACAGCUGUAAACCUCCUAUAAAUAAAUUGUGUAUAUUUUA